AAUUUAAAGACGAGUCUUUUUCUUUACAUUAUUUUAAUUAUCAGCGAAAUUAUGAAGAAAAUAGGGUAAAAGUAUAAAAGAACAUACUAAUUACAUAUUUCAUACAUACAAAAUGUUAUGUUUUUCAAUUUAGUACAAAAAGUAUUAAGUUUACGUAUUAAUAAGGGGACGAAGAGAGAAGAGAGAGUAGUGAAUUGCAAUUGUAAAUUGAAGCUGUGAACCGAAUAGCAAAAGUCCUAAAAUUAAAACGUAAAUGUUGCAAAUUAAGAAAAAUUUAAAUCCGGCUACCACAGCACCACCAAUUUCACCGAAAAUUUAGUUUCAUAGGACAAUUGUAAAAUGUGGUAAAUUAAAUUGUGAUUUAAUCCACAUAGUUUGAAUGUUAUAAAAUUAAUUAGAAGUUAGCCGAAAUUUAUUAGUAUUAAAUAAUAAAUUUUUCUUUAAAGAACAUACGAAAAAAUAGAAAAAAUAUAGCUCUAUAUCUUAAAUCAACUCCUAUGUUAACAAAGAAAACACAUUUUAAUAGAACAUGAAUAAAAGACAAAAGAAGGAAGAUAGCAUUUCUUUGGCAAGGAUUGAUCCUUCCUCUUUUAUCCACUCGCAUUCUCGCAACAUAACUAAACCACAUUACUAACUCAACACAAACAAAGCCAUGGCUACAACAGCAUCAUCAGCUACUGUAGCAAGUAGCGCUUAUUCCUUACCUGCUCGAAAACGUGUUUCCAUCAACGAUCAUCGUGUCCGAAUCCCGACUUCGAUUUCAAGGUUCAGCAGCCAUGCAAGGCGGCGGCUGUUGGUGGUCCGAAGCUUCGGAGAGGAAGGCGCGACGGCUGUCGAUGAAGGGGAGCCGCCGCAGACGCCGGCAGAAGUCCCGAAAGGGCCUCCGUCGUUGAUAUCAACUCUUAAUGUGGAGAAAGCUUUGCGUGGGAUUGCAAUUACGGAUGCUGAUCACUAUGGACGGCUGGGGCUUCCCACCAAAUGUUCAUAUGAUGAGGUAAAUGUUGCUUACAAGAGCAAGGUGACUGAGCUGACGAGUAAAGGGUUGGAAGAAGAAGAGCUUAGCAAGGAACUAGAACUCUUAAAGGAAUCGUAUUCGAUUCUGUCGACGCCAGAAGAGAGAAGGCUAUAUGAUUGGAGCUUGGGCAGAAGUGAGAAGCCAGAUACAUAUGUGUGGCCAUUUGAAGUUGAUAGUAUGCGAGAACAAUUAGGAGACCCUCCUCCUCAGGAGCCAGAGGAUGAAUUGCCAACAACAUACACAGGAUACUUCUUUUUAGGGUGGUUAAUACUGUCCAUUCUAUUAUACCUUGUCUUCAAUCGAUAAGGCAAAUCGAUCUGUGAUUAUGAAAGUUUCCCACGUUUCUAACAAUGAUCUUUUCAAUUUUAGUUUAUAUUCAUGGAGGUGAACGAUAAAUUUCUUGAUAUUAUUAAAAUUCCAAAUAAUGGAUUGGAAAAAAA